AGUUUUUCUCAUUUUUGUCGUGCUUCUCAUUUCGUUCACUGUUUUUGAAGUACUUUGCAGAGAUUCUGGAGACCUCCAUUGGUGUGUGGACUCUCACGCGUUGUGCCAUUAGAAAGGAGUUUCACUAUGGACAAACUUGUUCGACUUCGUUUGGACUUCGACCCUCCACCACACCGCGUUCCUCAGCGUUGCUGCUUUUUACUGGAUCCGAAAAUAUGCAGGGUGGUUGCGGAUUUGUCACAUUUGUUGGCAAAAGACUUUGAGUUGCCAUGUCGCAGUGUGAAUUUAAGUUUGGGAGAGUACAGCUUGCUGCCGGGAGACGACGUUAAGAUACUGAGAGAUGAUGAUAUUGUCCAAGUGUCCUAUACACCGAUUGUUGGCUUCAGCACUCAGUCAGAAUCCAGAAAACGCAAGUCUACUUCCGUCGACGAUGUUAGCCCGUCAUCGCAAGCCGGCAAGAAGUCCAUCAAGCGAUCAGCGACUCACCAGACGUCCACUUCAACGCCAAAAAGACGAAAGGGGAACAGCAGCAAGUCGGCAUCAUCCGCUCCAGUAGCACCACACAGUGACUCGUCAUCAUCAUCGUCCUCGUCAGAUAGUGAAGACUUGGACAGUGACAGCAGCAGCAGCAGCAGUAGUAGUAGUAGCUCACCGACACCAGCGUCUAAGCGCAAAUCACGGCCAGUGGCAACGUCGGUCGCAAAAGGCAGCGCCAAGAAAGAUGUCAGUGCCGCGCAGAGUAAAGCCUCAGCGUCGGCCGCCAAAGCAACUGAGAAGAAAACCGCCGCCAAGCCUAAAAUUCAAGCUGCACAGAGUGAUUCUAGUGCAAACAAGCAACUCAAGAAUUCAGAGCAGCAGAAAGCAGGUAAACAGCAAGGAAAACCUGGUCACAGCAAGCAACAGCAGCAGCAGCAAAGUCAGCCAUCUCUACGUCAACAAAAGCAGCCGCAACAGUCCAAGCAGCUGCCGCAGCAAAAGCAAGUAAGCAAUGGUCACGGUAGCAGUAGCAAGCGACCUGUGGUGAGCAAUAGCGCUGGCAAUCACAUAGUGUUUGGCUCUGACGAUGAAGACGAUGCAGACAGCAAUGCAGCUGUAGGUAACGGCAGUACCAGUGCUGCUGCUGUCGUGUCCACCAGUGCUACCAGCACGCCGCAUAGUCGCACUGCAGACUCUAGCGGCAGUGGCAGGGGUGGUGGCUCUGCCAGCGCUAAUCGACAGUUCUGCGCCGUUCCCCCACUGCCGGCCAGUAACAGCAAUGGCAACAGCCAUAGGACGUCUUCACCAUCGUCGUCGUCGACUACUACCAGCCCUGGACGAGGACGUGGUAGGAGCCGCGGUGGCAAUGGUGCUGGUGCUGGAUCACGAUCUGUUGGCAGCUCACCACACGCCGGUGGCUACGGCGACUUCAACAAUCAAAAUGGCGCCUGGGGAGGUGGUGGCCGGGGCGGUGGCGGUGGAGGCUACCAGCAGCGUGGUGGCAGAGGGGGUAACUCGGGUCAUCGUGGCCGUGGACGCGGAAGAGGCUCGGUGACUGGCGGCCCGCGCGACGUUCUCUCCUACAACAGUCAAAUACUGGAUCAGUCUGCAGAGAUGCAAUCGCUUGCUGCAGCCGCCGCUGCUUGGACUGCAGCUCUCAGCACUAAAUCGCAGAUUUCAACCACUGGUACGCCGCCGGCUAGCAAACCUUCAGCAGCAGCAUCGGCGGCAGUGGCUGCAUCGUCCUCGCCUAGGCUGGGAACGUCCCCCGCUGCAUCAUCGUCAAGUCAGCCGUCCCUUUCGCCCAACAACAUUUCUCCUGCAUGCACUUCUACUACUAGUAGCUGUUCCUCUUCUGCAUCCGCACCGGCUCCCAGCUUCACGCCAGCACCCAUUGCAGCGUCAGGGACAGUAUCGUCGCUGCGUGACUACACACAAUGCCCACUCGUGAAGGGUCUUCCACAGGUUGGCUGCAGCAUUGCGUUCAAGGUACUGGAACUCUCAGCAACGUAUAGCCCAGAGAUAUCUGAUUUCAAGGAGGGACGUGUGCUGUCUGUUGACGCCGAUGACAGCUCAUUUACAGUGAAGUUACGUCCAGAGUUUGUGCCUCCACCUCCAGAUGAGGAAGCUGAGCCAGGCAAGUUUGAAGUGGUUUAUUCGGACAGUGAAGAGGAUGGUGAAAUAGCGGACACGCCCAAGCAAGCACCGAAGCCACGUGAUGAGGUCACGUAUCAACUAACUAAUAUCCUGGAGAUGCGGUCCAUCACGGAAUAGACAUUUGCACCAGCGUAAAGUGAGGCUGGCCAACUUCCGGCCAUGAGCAUGUUGCGUGGAAGGCUGUUUGGAGCAUUUUACCAGUGCUGCCCUGAGGACACGGUAUGGAUGUUGGUGACAUCAGGGAUUCCUUUGGAUCACACCACGUCUUGUACUGGUGCAUCAUGAUUCACGAGACCACCGGAGUGAUGUCAUCGUGUUUCAUGAGGCCACCUGAGUGAUGUCAUCAUGAUUCAUGAGGCCACCUGGGUGAUGUCGUCAUGAUUCAUGAGGCCAUCUGAGUGGUGCCAUCCGUUCACCCGUGCACGGGUAUGCAGUGGGUGCAUGUAUUGAUAUGAUUCAGUAGUCACCGCUUGUCUCAGUGGGCUCUUGGCCACGUCAUUGAGCUCUACGGCAACAUACCCGCAUCCUGCUGCCCGGUGCGCAUUACUUGUGUUCUGUCUCUUGUAAGCCUCUCUGAGACCAGUUUGUUGUUUUCGAAUCUCCACAACGGCUGCAGUCCUGCAGUGUCAAGCAGUAGCCCUGUUCGCCGGUCGAAUGCAUUCUCGGGACGAUUUCCCUGGCCAGAGGCAGAGGAACACAUGCCAGACAUUUCUUAGGGAAAGUGUUCCUUUUCGUAUCAUGCUCACAUUACUUUUCUUACGAUGAAAGGUGGUUUCCUAGAAUACCAAUAUGGUCCUCUUUCUUGACGUUUGUUACGUGAAAUUUAUCCGUCUAGUUUUUCGAUGGCUGCACUACACUUUGUUUGUAUGCGUGCAUACCGGUACUAGCGGGUUGGGAUUAUCUGGUUAUUCCAUCAUGACACCGUUAUGUUCUUUCCUGGUUGUCUUGAGUCAAGUCGGGGUGAGACCCUUUCAUCAGCGUAUUUCUUGGUUGUAUUUUCAA